AUGUUCAGAGAACACAUUGCUGAGGCUACCAAGUGCACUUUUCUAUUAAAAGUUCGUGAUCGCCAAACAGAAGAAGAGUUAUUAGAACCUGAGCCGUAUACGGCAGUUCUGUCACCAAAUGAGCGAACACAAGGAUUUAAGGUACCGCAUAGUUCCGGUAUCGGCACCACAUUAGUACAAGUUUAUCACACUUCUACAUAUGCGGGUCGCAUGUGCGAAAUCACAACCACGUUAUUUAUUUCUCCAUCGCAGUUCAGAAUCACGGAAUGGGACCAACUCGCUCAGCCCACUCCACUCCAUACGGAUUGGCGAUUUAGACUACUUGACGAUAAGUCCUCCCACAACUUCGCAAUCGUGUGUCGUGACGGACAGAUGUUUGCAUCCAGAGAAGUACUCUACUUUUCUUCUCCAUUUUUUCGUGAAUUCUUCAAUGGAACGGGACGAGAGGCGGAGAAAGUGGAAUUUUUUGAUGUGGCUGUCGAAGCUGCAAAAACGGUCAUAGCAUACAUGGUAACGUCGACCUUUUCGGCACCCGCGUCCUUCUCUCCAUCACUCGCAAAGGAGAUCUACAAUCUCGCGAAUAGGCUUGACGUUAUGCAACUUAACGGUUUAAUGGUUGCAGUGGAAAAACUUAGUUACAUGAACGUAAUUGAGCAUAAUGAAGAGAUGAAUGUAUUGAUCGAGUGGUUUCUCACAGCGCAUGAAUGCCAUAUGAACAGGUUACAAAAUGCGGCCGUCGCCUAUCUUACGACAUAUCAUCAAAGGCAGUACGUCACUGAGUAUGGUGAUGGAGACGUAUGUGCUUAA